CGCCCAUUUCUGUUAUUCAGUAACAACACGCAGCUUCGUAGGCAAAUGUUUGGUCGUAGAAGGAAACAAUAGGUCGUAAAUUAACCAGGCUUAACAGUGUGGUUACAAGCAUGCAAGACACACAAAGAACACCACCACCACUAGUCUAACAGCCACCAAGAGCAGUCAUCGUUCACACAUUCUCAGUCUUCUCAUCACACUGACCUGGUGACGUUCAGUGUGAUGGCAAUCACGCUGUAUUGAAAUGAAAUAGCUGCCGCAGGACAAGUCAUAAGACAAGAACAGACAAGCAGGCAGUGCGCGUGUGACUGGAGCGGAGUGCAGAGAUGUUUGCCUUGGCUGCUGUUCUCACCCUGUGUGGGGUCUAUCCUCUGGCUCUAGCCGUACCCCCUGUUUGGACACAGCCUGAACAGAUCCACAUAGCCUACCCAGGGCACCCCAGUUCCAUGGUGGUCACCUGGGUCACCCAGAACAAGACGGCCAGUGUGGUGGAGUACGGGGUAAUGGGAGGCAAGCGGUUCGAGUUCACGGCCAAGGGAGAGGCCACAGUGUUUCAAGAUGGCGGCUCAGAGAAGAGGACCAUGUUCAUGCACACAGUGAUAUUGAAGGGCCUGAAGCCUGCCGUGUCUUAUGUGUACCACUGUGGUAGUGACUCUGGCUGGAGUGACCUCUUCUACUUCAGGGCCAUGCAGGAGGGGGUGCAUUGGAGCCCGCGCUUCGCCCUGUUCGGGGACAUGGGCAACGAGAACCCCCAGUCCCUGGCCCGCCUGCAGAAGGACACCCAGGUCAACAUGUACGAUGCCAUCCUGCACAUUGGGGACUUUGCCUAUGACAUGAAUGAGGAUAACGCACGGAUCGGGGACGAGUUCAUGCGCCAGGUGGAGUCCAUUGCGGCCUACGUACCGUACAUGACCUGCCCUGGCAAUCACGAGAAUGCCUACAACUUCUCCAACUACCGGUAUCGCUUCAGUAUGCCUGGGAACACUGAGAGCCUUUGGUACAGCUGGAACAUAGGACCUGUCCACGUCAUUUCCUUCUCCACGGAGGUUUACUUCUACACUGAAUAUGGUAUGGACCUGCUCUUUAGGCAGUACCAGUGGCUGCAGAAGGACCUGGAGGAGGCAAGCAGGCCAGAGAAUCGAGCCCAGAGGCCUUGGAUCAUCACCAUGGGCCACAGGCCAAUGUACUGCUCCAACCGGGACGGGGAUGACUGCACCCUGUUCAACAGCAAGGUCAGAACCGGAUUCAAGGACAACUCCACCGUAGCACCUGGGCUGGAGGAUCUCUUCUACAGCCACGGUGUGGACCUGAUGGUCUGGGCCCACGAGCACAGUUACGAGAGACUCUGGCCCAUGUACAACUACACGAUCUACAAUGGGAGCAGACAUGAGCCAUACACAAACCCGAAAGCUCCUGUCCACAUCAUCACAGGAUCAGCGGGAUGCCGGGAGAGGACUGACCCCUUCGAUCCCCACUACCGACCCUGGAGCGCCUACCGAAGCUCGGACUAUGGCUACGCUCGCAUGCAGGUGUUCAACAGCAGCCACCUCUACCUGGAGCAGGUGUCUGAUGACCAGAAUGGAAAGACCAUCGACAGCAUGUGGCUGAUCAAAGACAAACACGGACCAGAGGCGUGGCUCUGAGGCAAUCACCAGGAAGUAGCCUGAGCCCUACAGGAAAUGGAACCUGACCAAUGAGAAUCUCUAAGGAAUUGCACUAGUUUGCACUGUCAAAGGUGACCUGCACUUUAUUUUGACCAACAGAAUUAACUGUAAUUUUUACGGAAAUAAUCAUCGCUGCAUAUAAAAUGAAACAAGCAAGUUAAGCACAGGAAUUCUUCUAAAUAACAUUUUGGACAGAUCGUUUAAUCACACAGCAUACAAUGAGAGCUGACUUACUGUCAUUUAGAGGGGCGACUCCCCUGGACCAAUGAAGAUUUAGAUGACUUCGGGCACUUGAUCCAGGAUGCAGUAUAGUAGUGUUCGAUUUCUACUCUCUCAACUCACAUGUUUACUACUGGUAUAGGAAUCAUAAGCAUGUGACCUUAUGAUCCUGAGAGAGACGCCCUAAUCAUUAGGCCAGAACACUGAGCCCAAUCAGGUGCAUAUGUUGUCAAUUGGACGAGAGGUGCGCUCAGGCUUUCAAGUUUGAAAUGCCACAUGGCCUCAGAGCGCUAUGUAGCCAGACGUAGUAGUUACUUCCCCCCAAAGGACACGCAUUUCCUGGAUCAAAAGGGAGCGAGAGCGAGUCUAUUAAAAAGAAUGAGGACAAUUACAUAAGUCUAAGGGAAUGGAUCGUGAAAAAAAAUAUUGUGAACUUCAAAAACUAUUUGGCUGGUCUUAAAUGUGUCAAGACUAGCUAUCUGUCAAAAUAAGAUGUCAAUAUUUUUUUGUUAUUCACCUAAAUGGACCUGAAUAAUUCUCUUGUUGGAUGUGUCUGGUAUUUUGUAAAUCGGGAUCUCCCUGAACCCCUGACUCUAGUGUUUAUGUUGGUUUGGGAAAGUGUGCGGCAUUUACUGAAAUUUUGCGCUAAUCACUGUCAUGUAUGCUGCUUUUUUUGCCAAACACUCUCUGUGAUAAUGUACACAAUGAUUUUAAUCUAGACGUUGCGGCACAGAUGUUAAUAAAUCUUUUUUUUUUC